UUAGUUGAGUGUGAGAGUGAGAUUUGGGAAAGUUCAUGCAUCUUCCCAUUUUUGGUACCCAAAAACAGCCACCAAAGGAAAAAAAACCUCAUUUUGCUUUCAAUGGCGGUGCACACCAACAACCACAACUGCUCUAUUAAUAAUAAUCUCAUUUUCUCUUUCAAUUUUUUUUUUUUAACCCCAAUUUUCUUGCUUGAACAGCCCUUUCUGCACUCGCUGCUGAGUUGUUAAGUGUUUAAAGGUCAGUGCUUUAACAAGAAAGUUUGAGAAUUUUGAGUGGAAGAGUUUCUACAAUGGAGUUAAAAACAGCUUAUGAUAUUGAACAUAUGGGAUCUACACGAACAAUUCAGCACGAGUUUUGGCCCCUAAGUCCGAUUGAUUCGAAGAAGGCGAAGUUUCCUUGUUGCUUGGUGUGGACUCCUCUCCCGGUUGUCUCUUGGUUGGCCCCUUUCAUUGGACACACUGGCAUUUGCAGAGAAGAUGGAACUGUUUUAGACUUUUCAGGUUCCAAUUUUGUGAAUGUUGAUAAUUUUGCAUUUGGUUCUGCAGCCAGAUAUCUUCAACUUGACCGAGAACAGUGUUGCUUUCCCCCGAACAUCUCGAGGCACACAUGCAUGCACGGUUACAAACACACAGAAUUCGGAAGCUCGAUAACUUGGGAUGACGCCCUAGAGUCAAGUAUGCGAUACUUUGAGCACAAAAGUUACAAUCUUUUCACUUGCAAUUGCCACUCUUUUGUAGCCAACUGUUUGAAUCGACUUUGUUACGAGGGAUCGAUGAAUUGGAACAUGAUAAACGUGGCGGGACUGAUAUUCUUAAAGGGGAAAUGGGUUGAUGGGUUAUCAAUCUUAAGGUCAUUCUUCCCUUUCAUGGUGGUUAUAAUAUUUGGUGUUGUCAUGGUUGGUUGGCCAUUCUUGAUUGGACUUUCUUUAUUUUCUUUACUUCUUUUGGGUUGGUUUUUCUUAGGAACUUAUUGUGUUAAGAGCUUGCAUGAAUGUUAGUUCCUCACAUUUUGGAUUACUUUGUAGAUUUUUCUUGUGACAAACUCAACUCAAGCAUAGAUUAUAAUCAGGGCAGGGCAGGGUCGGUUCUAAAA